CAAAAUAAAACACAAACACGCUCGAAGCACAUUCUCGGUUCUUUUAUACAAAAUACGUGAAUGAUUCUACGUGUUGUUUUUUUUGCAAGACAGCGGAACGGUUACAAAAUAAUUAGUGAACGUAUUCAUUCCCGUGGUCGUAGUUUACUCGUCGGGGACUGAACUUAGCUAGCUAGGCUCGCUAACUCUGAACCUCUACACCAGAAACGUGUGUUAUUGGGAAAAUGAACGCAGAAACAUCUGGUUGGACCAUGGAGAACAUCCACAGGCUGAUUGUUGAAAUGAAGCGCAGGAUCCCCAGGACCUACGCGACGUGCUCGUACACGAAGGGACUGAAGCACGUUGACUGGAACAAGGUGGCGUUCGCUCCUUUCUCUGCGGGAGACUGCGAGCAGAAGUGGAGACUGCUCAUGAAGAAGAUGCGCAAACAACGGUCUCUCACAGAGCUCAUUGUUGAAGCUGAAGAUGUCCUGUCAGACCCUGUCCUGAACAGCAAGAUCCAUCCAGACUUCCCGAGUAGACCCCCUACUUCAUGUGUCUUGUUUUAUGAGGAGAACCGGGUCAAGAUUAAAGAACAGCAUCCAGAGCUGAGUCACACUGAGGUAGUGGCGGCCACGGGCAAGGCGUACAGAGAGCUCCCAGAUAGCAAAAAGGCUCUAUAUGUGAAGAAAUACCAGCGUGCCUAUCAGGAAUACAGGCAAAAGACAAAGGAGUUCAGGGAAACGCAUCUCAAGCUUUCAGAUAUUGUGGACACGAGUAACCAGGUGACUGUAGAUGGUGAAGAUGCAGAAGGUCUGCCGCCCAAGCCUCCUAUAAAUGGCUAUAAGAUAUUUUGCAAAGAGCAAUUGGAGUCCAUGGCUGGGGUCUCGCAUAGAGACUAUAUGAAAGUGUGGGCCCAACGUUGGCGGGACCUUACUAAGAGUCAGAAGAGAGAGUACUCUGAAGACUGCUCCGAGAUGAAGAAAACGUAUACAAUCAAGCUGCAUAAAUAUAUAAAGACUUUGGAUGAGGAGAAACAGAAGAGGAUCUUAACCGAAAAUGCCAGGUACAUAUCUAAAAAGGUUGAUAUGAAAAGUGGCGAGCCCAAGGUGACAUCUCGCGGUCUUAAAAAGAACAAUCGCCAAAAAAAGAAAGCACUAGAAGACAUUAUAGAAUAUUCAAAUGACCUGCAGAAGUGGUUUAAGACGUUGACGGCAGCAGAGCAAGAGGAAUAUCAGGCAUAUAAUCCAAAUGUAUGUAUUUUAGUAGCUAUUUAUUUUUCUGUAAUAGUGUUUCUGUGACCAUUUCUUUAAAAUUCACAAUAACCUGCACAUGUACCUGUCUUUGCAGAAAU